AGGAGCGUAGCAAGGGCGGGGCCCCGGAUGUGUGUGGUGGCGGCGGCCGAAGAGCUAGAGAGCGGAGCUGAGAGGCCUAUGGAUGAGGAGGACGCGGCGGCCCCGGUUUGUUCUCAUGAACAAGAUGGAUGACCUCAACCUGCACUACCGGUUUCUAAAUUGGCGCCGGCGGAUCCGGGAGAUUCGGGAGGUCCGGGCUUUUCGAUACCAGGAGAGGUUCAAACACAUUCUUGUAGAUGGAGACACUCUGAGUUACCAUGGAAACUCUGGUGAAGUUGGCUGCUAUGUGGCUUCUCGACCCCUGACCAAGGACAGCAAUUAUUUUGAGGUGUCCAUCGUGGACAGUGGGGUCCGCGGCACCAUUGCUGUGGGGCUGGUUCCUCAGUACUACAGCUUGGACCACCAGCCGGGCUGGCUGCCUGACUCUGUGGCCUACCACGCUGACGACGGCAAGCUGUACAAUGGCCGGGCCAAAGGCCGCCAGUUUGGGUCAAAAUGCAACUCCGGGGACCGAAUUGGCUGUGGCAUUGAGCCUGUGUCCUUUGAUGUGCAGACUGCCCAGAUAUUCUUCACCAAAAAUGGGAAGCGGGUGGGCUCUACCAUCAUGCCCAUGUCCCCAGAUGGGCUGUUCCCAGCAGUGGGCAUGCACUCCCUGGGUGAGGAGGUGCGACUGCACCUCAACGCUGAGCUGGGCCGUGAGGACGACAGCGUCAUGAUGGUGGACAGUUAUGAAGACGAAUGGGGCCGGCUGCAUGACGUCAGAGUCUGUGGAACUCUGCUGGAGUACCUGGGCAAGGGCAAGAGCAUUGUGGACGUGGGGCUGGCCCAGGCCCGGCACCCUCUCAGCACCCGGAGCCACUACUUCGAGGUGGAGAUCGUGGACCCUGGAGAGAAAUGCUACAUCGCCCUGGGACUGGCCCGGAAGGAUUAUCCCAAGAACAGGCACCCGGGCUGGAGCAGAGGGUCCGUGGCUUAUCAUGCAGAUGACGGGAAGAUCUUCCACGGCAGUGGCGUGGGGGACCCCUUCGGGCCACGCUGUUACAAAGGGGACAUCAUGGGCUGUGGAAUUAUGUUUCCCCGCGACUACAUUCUGGACAGUGAGGGUGACAGUGAUGACAGCUGUGACACAGUGAUCCUGUCCCCGACUGCCCGAGCAGUCCGGAAUGUCCGGAAUGUCAUGUACCUGCACCAGGAAGGGGAAGAGGAAGAGGAGGAAGAGGAAGAGGAAGAAGACGGGGAAGAGAUAGAGCAGGAGCAUGAGGGCAAGAAGGUGGUGGUUUUCUUCACUCGGAACGGCAAGAUCAUCGGGAAGAAGGAUGCCGUAGUGCCUUCUGGCGGCUUCUUCCCCACCAUUGGGAUGCUGAGCUGUGGGGAGAAAGUCAAAGUGGAUCUGCACCCCCUGAGUGGCUAGGAGCAUCUCUCUCACCUGCCCCCUUCCCUCUGCUCCCCCUCUCAGACCAGGUGGGCAGUUCUGGACUUCCACGAGGACAGGCUUAGCAAGGGGCCCCAGGGUGCAGUUACAGCGCCCCGCCGAGUUGACCCUGCCAGGCUCCGCGGUGCCAUCUUUGUGGUCCAGAGCUGCCCUGUCACCAGUCCCUGGGCUGAGUCCUCAGUGGGACAGGGCAGCCUCACAGCGCUGUUGCUGUGUUGUGGGUCCCACUGGCUUUGGCCGUGGGCUCCUGCACCCUCUUUUCCCACGGCCCUUACGUGGCAGGGGGGUGCCCUGUCUCAGCUGCUGUCUGGGCAAGAGGCUUUGCAGAGGCUGGAGCAGAGACAGCCCCUCCCGCCCACCACAGUAUUUCCCUGCCCUGUUUUGUCCCUGGUCCUUACCACGUGAGCUGGUUGCUGCUGUCGUCACCCCCGGCUGGGCUAGGGGUUGCUGUCCUGUGAAGACCCUGUUGGUGUCCCCUCUUCCCCUGGAGAGUCCCCGAGAGCCUGCUUCUCCCCCACUCACACCGUAGUCCCGUGGGGAACGAGUCUCGGGCUCCUUCUAGCUGGGCAUAGAUGGGUGCCUGUUAGCUGUCUCAUGGCACGACAGGGCUGUGGGGCACACUGGGGCUCCUGCUCCCACCUCCCCUGCCCGUUCGUGGCUCACCUGUGGCACGCUGUCCUACUCUGUGGCAUGCAGCUGAGGCUGGGAGUCUCCUGCUGUGGCGAGGGCACACCUCCAGGACCCAGCUUGGCCCCUUAGCCCUACCCUGCCCCCCUUCCCAUUUGCUGCCUGUGCCAGUGGCCUGUUUUGCUUCAGUGUUUGACUCUAGCACUUACAUGUGUUUCUCCCUGAACACCCCUCUCUAACCCCUGGACCUGGGCCCCUCCCCACAGUGACUUCUGGGAGGAAGCGGGAGCAGCGAGCAGCUGGUGCUGGGUUUGCACAGUGGGCGGGGCUUCCUGGGAGUGGGCGGGGCCUUGGUGACCGUGGGCGGGGCUUUGGGGAACGUGGGCAAGUGGUUGUGCUGCUGGGCCUCCUGUUGGCCCUCCUUCCGUCCCUGCACUAUGAUGUAUGAAAUGUAUGUACAGACCAAGAGAUGUUUAUACAGCCAAUAAAGAUGGAGUUUCCGUAUUUAUCA